GGACCGGAGCGCCGCCGCCAGCCGGGUGGGCGUCGUUCACCAGGGGCCCUCAGUAGGGGCCCUCGGAGCAGGAGCCGAGGCCAGGCCAGGGGCGCACGUUGCUUUUGGUCACAAACCAGGAGAGGGUGGAGCCGGGGUUCAGCGCAGGCCCACGGACUCCCGGCCCAGUUCUCCCCGAGCCCCCGCGUCCGCCCGCGCUUGGGGGGCACGAGUCCCACUCGGCCAGGUGUCGCCCGGACGGCCCGAGGGCUGAGCUGUGCCCGGGAAGGGCCUGGCCAUCCAUCGCUCAGCCCGUAGGGCCCUGCGGGGAGCGGCGGUGUCCAGCAUCCACGACUGGAUUCGGUUCCCACGUGAGCGACAGGAGUGCGGGCCAAUGCCGGGCGGGCUCUGGGCCUGCCAGCCAAUCGCGGGCCGGGGAUGCGGAGCGGCCGGGAGAAGAGGCGCAGGGCUCUGGGACUCAAGCUGCCCGCUGCGCUCCACCCCCGGCCGGUCCGGGCCAGGCUGGCAGAGCCGGCGCCCGGGGCUACGGGGCGCGCGGCUCGGGGCCCGCAGGGAGGGCGGACUCGCUGCGGACGCCAGCCCCACCCCUCCUGGCCUCUCCAGCUGAGCUCGGCGCCCCAGGGAGGAUUAAGGACAGGUUUGUGCUGACACUCCAGUGACCCAAUGACCCUGUGAGGGAGGUGCUCUUAAGGUCCCUCUUAGACCCAGGAGAACUGAGGCAGAGAAGUGGACUGCCUCCUAGGGCCAUCCAGGUAAGCAGCUGGAGCUGGAAUUCAAAGACAGGCCCAUCUGACUCUUGGGCAAGUGUUUGCCUCCAGGAAAAGAAAAAGCUGCAACAUUUUCUCCAAGCAAAAGCACCCAGGGAGGCAGGGAGCAGCCUUUAUUCAAGGAGGUGGCCACCUGCACAGGUGGCAGGGGCCGCAGGUUGGGACACUCCUAUGUCAGAAGUGAGUGGGCAGGUUGGCUGACCACGGGCAGUCUCUCAGCAUCAGCAUGAACCCCAGGAUCCUGUCUGCUAGGGACUGGUUCAGCAGCCGCCCACCCACCUCUGAGCCUGACCUGGAGCCUGCCACAGGUGGGCCAGCCUCUGAGACCACCACCCUCAGCCCAGAAGCCACCAGCUUCAAUGACACUGGAAUCCCUGACGCAGCUGGUGGAGUAGCCGGCGUGGGCACGGUGCUACUGUCUUUGGGGGUCAUCACAGUGAUCAGCCUGGCUGUGGCCAUGGUUUUGUACAUCAGGAAAAAGAAGAGGCUGGAGAAGCUGCGCCACCAGCUCAUGCCCAUGUACAACUUCGACCCCACGGAGGCCCAAGAGGAGCUGGAGCAGGAGCUGCUGGAGCAUGGACGGGCCACGGCCUCCCUGCGGGCUGUGCAGGGCAAGACCUCUCUCCCUUCUCUGGGCCCGCUGCAGAGGCCCAGCCGGCUGGUGUUCACUGACAUAGCCAAUGUGAUCCACGCGUGAGCGGCCCAGGGACAGGCCUGGACCUCUGAUGAAGACACCUGCCUCAUGCCCACAGAGCUGCCCGUGCCAGACCCACUCUCAGACCUGCCUGCCAAGGCUCCUGCUACUCUAAGGACCCACCUGCUAACUCUUCCAGGCUCUAAGGGAGGCGCCUGGCCAGGCUGGGCAUCCAGCCACUGACAUCCCCUGAUCUGAGGGCCCUGGUACAGGGGGCACCCCUGAGGUCAGCAGAGUUGAGAGCCACCACCAGCUUCCUUGUGUCCUGCCCACACCCCGCACAUCAGGGUAUGCUCCUCUAAUGUGGAGGAAAUGGGGGGACAUGGGAUGGGAGGGGAAUAGAGGGAGUCCUCCUCUGUCAGGGACAGACCUAUCUGGAAUCUGGAACCUCCUCGGGUGGGGGGAGGCAACCACCAGCUCUUAGGGACGGUGUGGCGGCACCCGGGGGUGGCGCUCAAGCCUCCCAGUGGGCCAGGAUGUCACAGGAGGGCUGCUCAGGCCCAAAGGCCCUCCAGAGCGCAGAGGGUCCAGAAGGCCUCCCAGCCGCCCCCCCACCGCCCGGCAGCCAGCUGCUGGCUGGGCCACACUCAGACAGGGUGAGGGAGGGAGAAAGGUACGGGUGUGGAGGGAGGCAGUGCCCAGGCCGCGGAGAGGCUCACGCGUGCGCAGGAGCGGGCCCACGUGCAGACGCGUGCGGGGCCGGGGCCAGGACGGAGACCUCUGCCGUGUCCCCCGCUUCCAGUCGGCCCACCCUGUGGUGUGCGGAGGAGCAUGGGGUGGGCACCUUUGCUUAAACGGCCAUAGAUUGGAGGGGAGGGU